UAUAAACACAUGCAACCCUGUAGGCACAAACAGCUGAUUUGUGAUUACAAAUUAAAAAAAAAUUGCAAAAUUAUUUUCCAAAUAAAUUGUGAUAAUAACCGAAAUGUUUAUUAAAAGUUUAAUACAAUCCACCCGUUAUGCAUUUCCAAAUGUACCAAAAACAAUACAAUUAACACGUAAUAUGAGUGUACUUGUGAAGUCACUGAAAUAUUCCAAGCAUGGCGAACCGGCUGAGGUAAUGGAAAUUGUGGAAGGUCAAUUACAGCAACCAAAAGAUAAUGAAGUAUUGGUUAAAGUACUAGCAGCACCUAUUAAUCCGGCUGAUAUAAAUACGAUACAGGGUAAAUAUCCAGUUAAACCAACAUUUCCUGCGGUUGGCGGCAAUGAGUGCGUAGCAGAAAUUAUAGCCAUUGGUAAGAAUGUUUCGAAACUAACUACUGGCCAACAUGUUAUACCUUUUGCCACCGGUUUGGGUACUUGGACAACACAUGCAAUUUUUGCCGAAGAACAACUAAUGCCUGUCUCGUCAAAAAUUGGACUUGCUGAAGCGGCCACUCUCACUGUUAAUCCCUGCACAGCCUAUCGUAUGUUAAAGGAUUUUGUUUCAUUAAAACCGGGAGACUGCGUUAUACAAAACGGUGCGAAUAGUGCUGUAGGACAAGCUGUGCAUCAAUUAUGUAAGGCAUGGAAUAUAAAAUCCGUUGGUAUUGUGCGUGAUCGGCCAGAUAUAGCCUCUUUAAAAGAAUAUUUAAAAUCACUUGGUGCUACCGAAGUGUUAACAGAAGAAGAAAUACGUGCUAGCAAGCUCUUUAAAGAAAAGCAAUUGCCAAAGCCACUUUUAGCACUGAACUGUGUUGGUGGCAAAAGUGCUACGGAAGUGUCACGUCAUUUGGCCGACAAAGGCGUCAUGGUAACUUACGGUGGAAUGUCACGAGAACCGGUAAUUGCCGGUACAGCUGCACUAAUUUUCAAGGACAUUUCAUUUCGCGGCUUUUGGAUGACACGCUGGACAAAAGAAAACUUUGAUACACCCCAGCGUACAGAAAUGUUUACAGAAUUGUGUGAAUUGAUUGAGCAAGGCAAGUUCGUGGCACCGGUUCAUGAGAUGGUACCGCUGCAAAAGUAUCGGGAUGCCAUGGCUGCUGCUCUAGAUUUCAAAGGAUUCGCUGGAAAGAAAUUUAUAUUAGAUAUGCAAAACUAAUAGACCCUUACUUAUUUAUAGAUUUGUUAUAAAAAGCUUCCAAAGCUUGCUAAUUUUUGUUAUAAAUUGUAAUCAGACAACCAAAUACCAGCAUUUAAAAUGUAAAAUUGCAUGCCAUAUAUAGUUUUCAAAAUUAAAUGUAUGCUUAUAAAGCAUAAAUAUUAAAAUCAAACAUAAUAAAUACAAAAUUCAAUUACA